GCAGAGCUCCGCCUCACAUGCUGCUGUUUAUCUGAUUACCGCGAUACAAGAGCUGCGUUUCCUUAUAGCGACACCCCCGCUUAAUUAAUUAGACUAUCGGAGAGGGGAGGAGAGAGGCGCCGAGGAUGCAGAUGACUGGAGGGCGCAUCCACCCGUCGCCACCAUCUUCUCCCUGUAUGACGCCGCGUGCCGCCCCUUCAUCUCAGCGCCUUGACGUUAUGAAACCGGCUGUAAUCUAACCCUGCAUGCCUGCAGAAAAGCGUCCAGGACCCCCCCUCCUCCCUCUUCUGCCCCCCAUUCUGCGAUUCAUGGACUGUCAAUGCGUCACACUCGCUCUUCGUGCGCCUUUUCUACCGCAGACGCCUCGCUACCGCCUUUCCUCACAUUUAGCUUAUGAAACCGGCUGCUUUAACGCGGCCUGCCGCUCCUCACUUCUGCGAUACGCAUGGACUCUGUAGCCUUCAUGGCUUCAGUUAAAAGCGUCCAUAAAUCCGCCGUUUGCGCGUCCUUGUUCGCUGAUCUGGCCUUUUGCAUUUCUGCGUUUCCUUUCGGCGGCUAUAGGUCGCUUCUGCCGCGCCGCCGCAUCUGCUCUUCCUUCUCCACAUGGACUCUAAAUUCUGCGUGAACCGCGCGUUUUCUUCCAUUCUACGCCCUCUCUUUGCCGCGGAUGCGGUGCACCUGGGUUCUCGCCGUCUCCUCGUCCUGGUCCAUCAGUGAUCCUGUGGUCCGGGGGGGCUGGUGCCCGCAGAGAGGUAGCAUGGUGCGGAUAGCCAGCGCGCUGGGGCUCGUCAUGUUCAGUGUGGCGUUGCUCAUCCUGUCGCUCAUCAGCUAUGUGUCCAUCAAGAAGGACUUCCUGCUCAGCACCCCCAGAUAUGGACCUAAUGGAGGACCCAGGAUGUCCAUGUUCCACACAGGGUUUCGCGAGAGGCCACCUCGCAAACCUGACCUGAGCUCCCAGCUGGCGAUGAAGUAUCUCGAUCCAGCUUUCACCUCUCUGACCAAUGCUCUCAGCGAGGACCUGCAGAACUCCUCCAAAUGGAGCUACAACAGCACUGCUUUUAUGCAACUGAAAAAGGAGAUUGCUCAGUAUAUUGACAUCCCCCACAACUUCACACUAACUCGAAACUCAGUCCGAAUCGGACAGCUAAUGCACUACGACUACUCCAGCCACAAGUACGUCUUCUCCAUUGGCGAGAACUUCCGCUCUCUCCUCCCUGAGACUUCGCCGAUCCUCAACAAGCACUACAAUGCCUGUGCUGUGGUCGGCAACAGUGGCAUCCUCACUGGCUCCCGCUGCGGAGCUCAGAUUGAGAAGUUCGACUUUGUCUUCCGUUGCAACUUCGCGCCAACUGAGAUCUUUAAGAAGGACGUUGGACGACGGACCAACAUGACAACUUUUAACCCCAGUAUCCUGGAGAAAUACUACAACAAUUUACUGACUGUGCAGGACAGGAACAACUUCUUCCUGAGUUUGAAAAAGUUGGACGGCGCCAUCCUGUGGAUCCCAGCAUUUUUCUUCCACACAUCAGCCACAGUGACGAGGACGCUGGUAGAUUUCUUCGUGGAACAUCGAGGUCAGCUGAAGGUCCAGCUGGCCUGGCCUGGAAACAUCAUGCAGUAUAUCAACAACUACUGGAAAACCAAGCAGCUGUCGCCGAAGCGCCUGAGCACGGGCAUCCUGAUGUACACGCUGGCGUCCUCCAUGUGUGACCAGAUCCACCUGUAUGGCUUCUGGCCCUUUGGCUGGGAUCCAAAUACGGGUAAGGAGUUGCCAUACCACUACUAUGACAAGAAGGGCACCAAGUUCACCACCAAGUGGCAGGAGUCCCAUCAGCUGCCCGCCGAGUUCAAACUCCUAUAUAAGAUGCAUAUGGAGGGACUGCUAAAGCUCACCCUUUCCCACUGUGCUUAGGCCUUAAACUGAAGCUGCUUCUUCAAACUCC